GGCGGCGCCCGCUGGGGGUGGAGGUGCUCGUGGAAGUCUCGGCCGUGCCGCCAUGGCGGUGCGCGCAAGCUUUGAGAACAACAACGAGCUGGGCUGCUUCGCCAAGCUCACCAACGCCUACUGCCUCGUGGCCAUCGGCGGCUCCGAGAACUUCUACAGCGUGUUCGAGGGGGAGCUGUUCGGGACCAUCCCGGUGGUUCACGCCUCCAUCGCCGGCUGCCGCAUCAUCGGCCGCAUGUGUGUGGGGAACAGGCACGGACUGCUAGUCCCAAGCAGUACGACUGACCAAGAGCUUCAACACAUCCGCAACAGCCUUCCAGAUUCUGUACGAAUCCAGCGAGUAGAAGAGCGGCUCUCAGCUCUGGGCAACGUCACGACUUGCAAUGACUAUGUAGCUCUUGUUCAUCCAGAUCUUGACAGGGAGACGGAAGAGAUCUUGGCAGAUGUACUAAAAGUGGAGGUUUUCAGACAAACAGUAGCUGAUCAGGUGCUGGUAGGAAGUUACUGUGUUUUCAGUAACCAAGGAGGAAUUGUGCAUCCUAAAACUUCAAUUGAUGAUCAGGAUGAACUCUCUUCAUUGCUUCAGGUCCCACUCGUGGCAGGAACAGUGAAUCGUGGCAGUGAGGUCAUUGCAGCCGGAAUGGUAGUAAAUGACUGGUGUGCCUUUUGCGGGCUGGAUACAACCAGUACUGAACUCUCUGUUAUUGAGAGUGUCUUCAGAUUGAACGAAGCACAACCAAGUACCAUUGCUACAAACAUGAGGGACUCCUUGAUUGACAGCUUGACAUGAGAAGUGACAGUUCCCACCUUCCAGGAAGCUCCUAAGGAGUGAAGUGUGAGGCUGCACUGUGGAGUACAGAUUUCUAGAUUUUCUGCUGCAGGCUUAUCACAAGGAAGAGGCUACAAAUCCACCUUUGUAUAGUGUUUUGUAAACUAAGUAUGAUUACAAAACUGACUAAUAACAUGUACAAGUUAUAAAUAAGGAAUGCUGUGUAUCCCUCUGCUGAUAUUCUCUAAGAACAAUAGAACUCUUUCUCUCUGUCGUACUGAACCAAACCCCCAAAAUAUUUACAAAUAUUUACGCCACAAUAUUUACUCUUAGCUUUAGAGUAUUGGGUAUUAUUUUGCCUUGAAUCAUGGAUCAGUGUUCUGUUGCACAGCACUGUUUCAGCACACAUACAGCACUGUCUUCUGUUUCCACACUUCUGCUAAAGAAUAGUACUUCUGCUUUAGGUAGACUUAAGGGCCAAAAGUCGCUUGAGCUUACUUGCUACAAAAGCAUUUGGAAGGUAUCAGCUGCUCUCUUGUCCUGACUUGUGGCUGUUCCCAUAUGGCAGUGAAAAGGGAUUUCUGAAGUGAGAAAUAAGUAAAAUGUGCUUUCUUAAAGAGAUUAAUCCAGAGAUGGCUUGUGUGGACUGCCUACGUAAGAGUAGGAUUUGGUCUGUUGCCUGCAUGUGCGUCGUGACCUGUGUGCUGUUUCUGAGGCAUCUGCGAGGGAGCCUAGAAAAGCAUGCUACUCUCAGUAGGCUUAAACGUGCUCUGCAUGACUUGACCACCUAUACCGAGAAAUUCUUAGAAACCAGCAAAUCAAAUGAGGUUGAAAUGCUCUCCUCUUGAUUUACGUAGAUAAAAAGGUAAUCCAGUUCUAACCAGUUCCUCCAUUCAAUCAUACAUUUCUGACUAGGGAGCUGGCUAGUGCAGGGCAUCUGCCCUUGUUGGAGAGCAAGGAUGAUGAGAAGGAGCUUUAGAGACUGCUUUCAGAUACACAGUAGUCGUUUCCUUUUAACCACAACUUUUAUUACUUAAUGUCUCUUUUAUGCUUUUCCUCUUAAAUGUGUGUUGAAGGCAGAGGAAGGCCUCUGCUUCCUGUACUAAGGGGAGGUAGAGGCACUUGAAUCCACACGGCUGCACUACUCACUUGGGUUUCCUGGAGGACAUGGAAUACUGUCCUGAAUGCUCUGUGGGCAUUAGCUCUUUCUUGGCCCUUGUGCUUCAGGCUUUAUAGAGUAUUCAAAUUUCACUUUUGUUGUUGAUUUUGCUCUUCAGAUGUUUAGGGAUGCAUUUAUAA